ACCGUUCUGGUGCCAGGAACUGGAUCGCAAAGCAGAGAAGGAAGGAGGAAACCAGAGGGAAUAAGUGACGGAUACAAAACAACGGGGGUCAUAUUGGAUAUAUUUGGUCACUUAGCUAUGGCUACAAAGACAGAAUAGUGAGAUCUGGUGUUUUUCAGACAUGAGGUUUGGCUGAUAUUCAGUGAAAUAGCUAGCUGCUCCCGGAUUCGCUCAUCGAAGUUUUGGCUUAAGAAGUUCACAGCGAUACGGCUAGCCAUUAACGUUAUCACCGGGACUGUUUUCUACCGCUGACACAGCCCGACUCUCAGAGACAACAUGGUGUCCUGGAUGAUUUCGAGAAGCGUUGUGCUGCUGUUUGGGACCUUGUAUCCUGCAUACUACUCUUACAAAGCUGUCAAGACCAAAAAUGUCAAAGAAUAUGUGCGAUGGAUGAUGUACUGGAUUGUUUUUGCCCUUUACACUGUGGUGGAGACAAUCACUGACCUUACACUGGCAUGGUUUCCCCUGUACUACGAGCUGAAGAUAGCCUUUGUGAUCUGGCUACUAGCACCCUACACCAGAGGAGCAAGUCUCAUUUACAGAAAGUGUCUGCACCCUCUGCUGUCCUCCAGAGAGAGGGAAAUAGAUGAGUAUAUCGUCCAGGCCAAAGAGAGAAGCUAUGAAACCAUGGUGAACUUUGGAAAGCAGGGACUGAGCAUCGCAGCCACCGCUGCUGUCACUGCAGCUGUCAAGGGUCAGGGUGCCAUCACAGAGAAGCUUCGGAGCCUCAGUAUGCAUGACCUGACACAGAUAAACCAGCAGGACGACAGAGGAAACCCACUGUACCAGUACAGCUCCCAUUCAUCCAACCCCGCCAUGAGGAGAUCUCAGAGCAGUGAUGUUGCCGAUGGAUCAGAGUACUAUUAUGACCAGGAUGAGAGGACAGAUGAAGAGACUGAGCCGACGUUCUCUGAGGAUGAGGCCGUUAGUCAGAAAGGACUGAGACGAUCGCAGAGUGUCAAGAUCUCACGAUCCAGAGUCCGUAAAGACGUUCGUUAUGGAUCUCUGAAGAUUAAAGGCAAGAAGAGACCAGCGCUGAGCUCUGUUAAUUAUGGAAUAUGAAAAGACUUCUGCUCAUACACACACAUACACACGCACACACACACACGCACACACGCACACAGGCGCACACACACACACGCACACGCGUACACGCACGCACGCACAGCAGAGCAGCCAGCUGAUUGGUGGAUGGUAUUGUCUAUAUUCCAGCUCUUCCUGGUCUGACUGUUUAAUCUCUGCUGACAUAUUUAUUACCAAUUCAUCCAAAAGCAGAGACUCAGAGAGUUUACUCUCAGAGAACUUUGAUGUUUGUCUUUGAGACAAUGACGUACAUAAGGUGUUUUGCAUGGACUUGUGUUUGUUUCAUCUGUCAUUCAUGUGUGUAGGUGUGAUGUUAUAUAUCUGUGGUCUUUUAGAUUUUAGAUCCGUUUGUGGUACCACUUUCCAACAAGGCAUCCUCUGUGAAGAGGACUGACUAAUGACUUAACUAUUAAUAAAGCCAUUAACUAAUGCUUUAAAGUGCAGUUAUAAGCUAUUAAUAAGAACAACUUGUAGGUGGCCAGGUUUUGAAAAAUCCAUUUUAACCUCCUCUAACAUGACACUUGCUUUGUAUAUUUGGCUUUUUCAUUUAUUAGUGAGUCACCCAAUUUUUUCAUCAGGUUGUUGAAACAUUUCAUUCAAAAUGUUUCAACAACAACAUUUUUAAGUGCAGACCCUAUGACCCUUAAUUAAAGCUUCAUUAAUUAAGUUUUUGGCCACUAGGGGGCCGCAGUACAAGCUGUAAACACAUGUGGCAUGUUGUCACCUCUUGAAGUUGUUAUAAUGAACAUAUUAGCAACAUUAGCAUUCAUUAGGAGUUGUUUCUCACUCUUAGCUCACAUUACAAAUUGAUCCAUUGUUAAUAUAAAAAUAAUGACAAAAUCAGCUCAUUUGAACGAACACAUUCUUCCUCUUACAAAUGAAAAUUUGAAUUCAUGAGCAGUAAAACACACCACUGCUCGUUUCAGUGCUCUCAGGGGUUUUACAGCCUGUCGUAUUCUGUUAUGACCAAUCACGUAUGGUGACUAAUGUUAACAAACUUUAGAUGGAUAUGGCUUGUAACAUUAUAGAGUCAUGUCCCAGACUUGCACUACAGUUAAGCUUUUUACAGAGCGAAUUCAAGUAACAUUUUAUUACUUUUAUCACAGUUAAAUUAAUUGUAGGUGCCCCUUGCAGCCACAGUAGCUGCUGUCAGUCACAAUGUACACAGUUUAAAAUUUACAGAGCUACCCUUUAAUAAUGGAUAUACAAAUAACAGUAUAAUGUGAGACUGUCCACUACCUGCUGAGCAGCAAACAGCAGGUAGACACAGUUAGGGACCAGCUAGUGAACAUAGUGGAAUACUGAAUAUUGGACUUCAUAAGCCUUAAAACAUCCCAGCAUUUUUCACAGCAAACAUCAUAACAAGAAGAAGAUAUUUUUAACAACCUGGCAACCCAAAAGUUGAGUUUAUUAUUGGAUUAUAAAUGACCUGCACAGUAUUACCAUAUAAUUUAAUUACUCAUGAAGUAAGCUGUCAGUUUCAGCUUAAAGCCCCUCAUGAAGAGGACCUUUUGAAACAUGGUGCCAGUUUUGCUUCUGCUGCCUUUUUUUUUUUUUUUUUAAUAAGGAAGCUCUGACACUAGUGUUGGAGUCUGUUAACCUCUGUAUGGCUCAGUAUAGUAACAGACUAUUUUUACCUUGGUGGACACAUUUAGCUGCAGACAUUUGCAACAUUCCCUGUCACAGUGGUGACAAUAUGAGAGCCUGAGUCUCAUCGGGAUCCCAGCUGUACUAACUUCACCUUUGAACUUUAGGAGAGGAGGAACUGAGCCUACCUCGACUCAACCAUUAUAAAAACCAGCAGAUCAACACGAUCCCUUAUUGCCAUCAGAGGAAGACAGUGGACACCAGGGAAGAGAAAACCAAAUGAAUGAAACAAAGUCAUUCCUCCAGGAACUCCCUCUCACUAUUGAUGAUUAUUUCUUAUUUUCCUGCUUUUUACUUGUGUAUUUUUAGGGUAUUUAGGGAAUUAACUGUGUGUCCUGAUCACAUCCCUAGUUGUAAAUUUCGAGCUGUUUUUUGUUGUAUCAGUGAAUAUUAUCUUUUUGAAUUUUAUUAUUUUUGUAACCACCUGUUUUUGCACAUAUACCUCCUCCCAAAUCUUUUUUUUUUUUUUUUUUUUUUUUAUCAGUGCUGUUGUUGCUCGUCAUCUCAUUUUAUAAUGUACUUUGCUGUGGGAGGAUGCAGCACAGAGUGUGAGCUUUUUAAAGUUUGACUUGUUUUUGUCCUCCAGUGCUGAAGUCAGUGCUACACUGCUGACAGCCUGUAGAAGUUGCUGUGGUAUGGAGAGAUAGAAGAGUCGGUAUAUGUUGUUUCUCUGGCAGAAACAUUGUCCUUCCAAUCCAUUGUUGUGCUUCUGAUUCAACAGAACGUAUGUCCUAAAGUACAAUAACUACUAUAGACUUAUUUUGAAAAAUCAAGUGGUGUCUUCCAGGAUGACAGGGACUGUCUUGAAAGAUAAAGAAUGAGGACUGGAUUUUUUUGCUUUGAAAUCACAGAAGGAAGAUAUCUCUUCAUGGCCAGUUUGAAGAAGAGGAACAAUCACAGCGACCAAUAAAGCUCAGUGUGCAUAUGGACAUGUGACCAUUGUUUACUGCAGGGCUGUCACUUUUUAUCUGUCCAAAUUCAAACUAGCCGUCUCUAAGCGUAUCAGACAGUUUGAAGUAGUUUGCGUUGUGGUCGAGCAGAGGGUGCUCCUCAAAUCCACUAUCAGCUUGACCUAUUACUCCCUACUGACCCGUUAGAAAACUAAAUUAAUCAAUAAAAAUGGAGGAGGACACUACAGAACAAAGCUGCACUGAUCGGAUCAAAUCAUGACACCAAAGCAUCUGAGAAGCAGAGUGUGGAAGUAUUUUGGAUUCCUCACUGUAGACCAACAAAGAUGAGGCUGACUACUACAACAACAACAACAACAACCACAACAACCACCUGCUGCAGCAGCCCAGGUGAAGCACAAACCAGAGGAGCUACACACUCAUAACCAGUGGCUUAUUGCACUUUAUGGGUUGUUUGUAUUAAUUGAAACAAAUUACAUGAUAGUUUGAAUUUCUUCAAACAUGAAGUUUUAAAAACAUGACAGCCAUCAUUUUAAGAUGGACUUCAUAAAAUGCAAAACUGGUCUUGAAGUACAACUGCAGGGGCGUUGCAUUGCGUUACAUACAUUCUGUAAUCAUUUGUGUGGAAGUCUGCACAGUUGUAUAAACAGGACAGCACAUGUGCAGUGUGUUCCCUUCUGCUUGUGUGGGUGGAGACGGCGCUCGCCACCAUCAUCAAUCAUCAAAGCAGGGAAUAUCUUUGGAAAAACAGUGUCCAUCCCUCCAGUAGAUUUCAUCGCAUUUGGAGAAUAUUUAUGCUUUAUAGACAGGAAGCUUUAGUUUGGUUUUGUAUUGAGGUGCAACAACAGGCCAAACUUGCUCAUGUCAUGAUGUCCAUUUGAUGCUCAUAACUCACUAAUGAUACCAAAGCUUCAUGUACUCACCCAGAGUGUGGCUGAGUUGUUGGGUCUGUGUAGGUAAAAUGUCUGGUGUGUGGAAUGUUGGGUUUUAAAUGCAAUAAAAUAAAGUCCCUUUAAGGGCAGCAAAUGUC